CCGAGAGCAGAACGUAGCGCUUCGGGAACUUUGGAGAUCAACACGUGGCUGUGUCUGUGGUAGUGGUGGUCCUAGUAGUCCUUAAAUUUUCACGAUCAAGUUGUCGCUGCGGAAGACGUGUGCAUCACAGCGGCAUCCAGAGGUUGAAAGCUCACGGGCUGCAAAAGCGAAGGCUGGCCGUCACCGAUAGACCCCACCGACAGGCACGGAUAACUCGACGCGCUAAAGGCGCAGCCGGCAAAGAAUGCUAGAAGCUGGGCGCGGAGCGGAGCGAACGAGACGGGUCGGAACCGUGCUGUGAGCGAGCAGCAACCGCCUGAGCAGGUCGCUGCGUUGAAGGUUGGCCGCCUGGAGAACCGGACGGAUAUAGUGUGUGUGUGGGGGCGUACGUGGUGCGGGGGGUUGUUAGAGCGACACUACACACACCCGACAGAGUUCUAAGCCGGCACUAGGCCCGUGAACCGGACAAACCGAGUGCGUCAGUUGUGUUUCGCGGCUCGUGCGACCCGCAGGUUUAUUCCAAAUCGUCCAACUCGGUGCUUCGAUCCGUGUGCCAGUUCGUUCAUCGCGUCUCGCAUACACUCGCGUUUACUUGAGAUAGUAGAGAGCACGGUUUUUCAAGUGUCACGUUAGAGAUUGCCAGCCAAAUCGAAGUCGUCUAACGAAAGACGGGUGAACAAAGUAGUGGUACCCGGCCAUCCGAAAGUGAACGGGGAUAAAAUCCCUAAGUGACCUACACACCACCGGCGGCGGUGAGUUAGCGGCGUUAGUGAACACCGAGACCGUCGUUCCUUGCUGGUGAACGUGUCGUCGGGUCGAAAAAAAAACAAGUGUACAGCAGUAUUACCGCCGCAAAAUGGUCGGUGGUUGUAGUCGCGUGGCCUUGGUGCUUGCAGCCACCGUCAGCUGCUGUGUGCUGGUGAUUUUACCGCACCGGGCCCUUGCCAACGAUAACUUGCGCGUGGCCUAUCAAUGGAGCGAGAUCGAUUUCGAGUUCGCCAGCGCCGCCGACCGGCAGGAGGCCCUGGCGUCCAAGCGCUACAUCCCGGCGAACGUGAUACCGGUCGGGCUGGAGGUGUACAAAAAGCGUCUCUUUCUGACGCUGCCACGAUGGAAGGACGGCAUUCCUGCAUCACUAGCUUACAUCAAUCUCAACGAAACCACAACACAAUCGCCACGGCUACACCCAUACCCAAGCUGGAGUGCACACAGACGAAUCAGCGAAUCGGAGGCACCAGAAAUAGUGUCACCCUUCCGGAUACGGGCGGACCGUUGCGGACGCCUUUGGGUGCUCGACACCGGUGUCGAUGAACUGCUUGGCAACACCACGGUCAGCAGUCCAACGUCGCUGCUGGUGUACGAUCUGCACAACGAUAACCUGCUACGGCGGUACACCUUCCCAGCGGAUCACCUCAAAGAGAACUCAUUCUACGCGAACAUUGCCGUAGAGGACACGGUUUGCGAGGACACGUUCGCGUACGCAGCCGAUCUGGGCAGCCCCGGGUUGGUGGUGUACUCCUGGAAGCAGCAAGAGUCGUGGCGCGUCAAGCAUCACUACUUCCACCCAGAUCCGCUGGCCGGGAACUACAACAUCAGUGGUAUCAACUUCCAGUGGGAUGACGGGCUGUUCGGAAUCGCCCUGAAGCCUCAGCCAGACGGCUACUCCACGCUCUACUUCCACCCGCUCAGCUCGCUGAACGAAUUUUCAGUAUCGACGAAGGUGCUGCGCAACCAAACCUACGCCACGGACGCGGCGUCCAACUAUCACGAGUUCAAGGUGCUGGGAUCGCGCGGCCCGAACGGCCAGGCGGGCGUUGCCUUCGUUGACCAAAAGACGGGCGUCAUCUUCUACGCCCUGCCGAACCUGAACGCCGUCACAUGCUGGAAAACGUCCAACCGCGCGUACACGAUCAAAUCGCUCGGCCGUGUGUACAUGAGCACGGUGGACAUGGUGUUCCCGAACGACGUCAAAGUCGACGACGAAAGCAAUCUGUGGGUGCUGUCGGACCGCCUGCACCAGUACAUGUACGAGUCGCUCAACCGGAACGACACGAACUUCCGCGUUCUCACCGCAACCGUGAAGGAUGCGAUACAGAAUACAGCCUGCGACACCAACAUCAGGCCGCUGCCGGAUAUUAUCACCAACCUAGGCGAUAUCCUGCGACCUUCCACGAGCACCGUGGCACCGAAGAGCGGAUCGAGUGACGCAGUCAAACUGCAAUCGAUCUUCGGCGUGGCCACCGCUCUAGCGAUACUUGUAACAAUGCUAAGGUCGUACUAGAGCGAGUCCACCUAGGAUUUACGGCUCACAACUGGUUUGUGGGGCCAACCAGCAAUCAGGGACGCAAUUGGAAUCAUAUUCGCGUUCGUUCCGUGCAACGAUGACGCGACAUGUUAUUUGUUUAUCUUUGAAUUUUAAUCAGUAUUCAGCGGAAAGAAGAAGAAAAUAUGGGAACAUUUCACUACAAAGUGUAAUCUUUGCUAGCCCAAUGCAAGCGGUUUGUAAGCGUUAUAGAUUGUGUUCGGUCUUUUUCAUGCUUCGAUUAUUAAUUUUCAAAGCAGCAUCGCUGCUAGAAAAAAAAUUUACGAAAUCGUAGGAAGUGCAUUCCAUUUACACACUUGUACUACAAUAAAAUACUGCACAGCUGCUCGUGCGUUCGUUAUACAUUACACUACGCUUACACAUGGACCAGAGAAAAUACCGCUUGACAUCCACGGCCAUAACCGUUACAGAGUUUGCUAUUGGCUUGUGUACAGUUGUGUCAUAAUUGUUAAUUAUUAGUCAACGUACCAAAAUAAUUCUAGAAAUCAGAAGAAAAAAAUUUUAAUAAAUGGAAACUACUA